UUACCCGGAGCGUGCGUUCAGAUUUACCCCGUGGAUGCUGCUGCUUUGGGGCUUGAUUUGUGAGCCCUGCGGGACCAACCUGACAUAAGGGCACCAUGGUUUCGCUGUCUCUCCGCACUUGUUUGAGGAAUAUGCGCCCGGAGAUGCUGCUCGUUUUGCCGGUGUUGUGGUUGCUUUUACCCCUGACCGGAGCGGCUCCCUCUCAGAGCUCGGAGCAGCUGGACACCGGGGUGGACUGGCUGAGUAAGUUUGGUUACCUCCCGCCCCCUGACCCUGUGACUGGACAGCUCCAGACCAAGGAGGCGCUCACCAAGGCCAUCAAAGCCAUGCAGAAGUUCGGCGGACUCAAAGAGACCGGAGUGUUAGACCAAGCCACUCUGGGGUUGAUGAAGACUCCCAGAUGUUCUCUGCCUGAUGUGUCCGAGGCAGAGGGGACCGGGGGUCGCUCCAAACGCAGCCCGGGCCCUCAGAACAAGUGGAACAAGAGGCACCUGUCUUGGAGGGUGCGUACGUUCCCCAAGGACUCGGCCGGGCUUCUGGGCAGAGACACAGUGCGCGCUCUCAUGUACUACGCCUUAAAGGUGUGGAGUGACAUCGCCCCUCUCAACUUCCAUGAGGUGGCGGGCAGCGACGCAGACAUCCAGAUCGACUUCACUAAAGCCGACCACAACGACGGGUACCCCUUCGAUGGACCCGGGGGCACGGUGGCACACGCCUUCUUCCCCGGAGAGAGGUUCACGGCCGGAGACACGCACUUCGACGAUGAUGAGGCCUGGACCUUCAGAUCACCAGACUCUCAUGGGAUGGACCUGUUUGCUGUGGCGGUGCAUGAGUUCGGCCAUGCCAUCGGUCUGGUGCACACCUCAGCCAUAGAGUCCAUCAUGAGGCCGUACUACCAGGGUCCUGUGGGAGACCCGCUCAAGUACGACCUGCCCUAUGAAGACAAAGUACGCGUGUGGCAGCUAUAUGGGGUGAGAGACUCGGUGUCCCACACAAACCGCCCUGCAGACCCCUCCCAGACACCAGAACCUCCCGUUCUCCUCGACCUCCCAGAGAACAGGAGUACUUUUCUAUUGGCACGAGAUGCUCCAGACAGAUGCACCACUCACUUUGACGCAGUGGCACAAAUACGAGGAGAGGCCUUUUUCUUCAAAGGGAAGUAUUUUUGGAGGCUAACGCGAGAGAAGCACCUUGUGUCUCUGAGGCCAGCGCAGGUCCACAGAUUCUGGAGAGGACUACCACCAAACCUGGACAGUGUGGACGCAGUGUACGAGAGGCCUGGAGAUCACAAGAUAGUCUUCUUCAAAGGUCUGAAGUACUGGGUGUUCAAAGACAACAUAGUGGAGGAAGGAUACCCUCGUCCCAUCAGUGACUUUGGCUUACCCACAGACGGAGUGGACGCUGCUUUUGUGUGGCUCCACAACGACAAAACCUACUUCUUUAAGGACAACCUGUACUGGCGCUAUGACGACCACCUGAGGAGGAUGGACCUGGGCUACCCCAAAGACAGCUCCCUGUGGAAAGGGCUGCCCCCCAGCCUGGACGACGCCAUGAGAUGGUCUGAUGGGUCUUCGUACUUCUUCAAGGGGAAGGAGUACUGGCGCGUGCCCAGCAGUGACAUGGAGGCGGAGGCGGGCUUUCCUCGGCUCAUCGCUAAAGACUGGCUGCUGUGCACUGAGAUGCAGUCCGACUCUCCACAGCCAGAGGCCAAAAGCCCCGAGAGCAGAGGGAACGUGCACGGAGCCCCGGACCACGCCCACAACGGCUACGAGGUGUGCUCCUGUACCUCGGACAGUGGCUCUCCUCUGGGGCUGCGCUCACAGCCCUCCCCCCUCUGGCUGCUGGCCCCUCUGUGGACGCUGUGGCAGGCUCUCUCCUCUCACCUGCUAUGAUGCCAAAGCACUGGACUGUGUCACAGAGCAGCGCGGAGGACAGACUCUAUGGGAGGGCCGGUCUAAUGACAAACUGGAAUAUUUUGUCCUUAUGAAUAUCGGUCUGUUUUUAGCUUUUGUUUUGUUUUUUUGCGGUUAUUUAUUUGACAUGCCAUGUGAUGGUCAUUGGAAGCGCCUUGCAAUUUGAUUAGUACUUAUCCGUCACAUCUGAGUCACAUUUACCAUACAUUAAAUCACAUAAUCACAUAACAGAAUGGAGCUCAACAUUGACCAAAACAUUUUUGUAUGUAAUGUUUCUGAAAUGUUAUAAACCACAACAUUCUGAAAGCAUUUGGCCAAAUUUGUAUUUUGGACUUAAAACUACCACGUUAUGGUUUACGGAUUAGUUAGCACAUAGCUGGGUAGCCUCCACAAUGUCUAUAAACACUUACUAUUUGAAUUUUUAGAAGACUCUUUGGAAAAAAUGAAUGGAACAUUUACUUCCAGAACCAGAGCGAGCGGUCUUUGCUGAGCUCCAUUAAGUAACAUUUUAUUAUAACUACACCUAAUUAGCCUUAAAGCUGCAGUGUGUAACUUUUCUGAUGGAGGGUCCUCAACCUUGUAUCACUUUGAACAGAGUGUUCCACAUUACGGCCAAUGUCCACAGAUCUGACCUGUAACUUGAACUUACCUACUCCUCUCCUUGGAAAUAGACAAGUUUUAUGGCCUAGGAGUGGAACAUUCCCGGCAUAGAAAUAGCAUCACUAUGGAGACAAGCAGAAAAGUUACAAAAUGCACCUUUAAUAAAGCAGGAAGAAAGACUUGAUUCAUAAUGACCAAAUAAUUUAUUAAGAAUAAUUCAGGCUUAGUAACUACUUAAGUAAGUCCUAUCCCUAAUGCCUUUAUUUAGUAGUUAGUAAACCUACCAUUUGUUCAUUAUGAAUUUAGACUUCUUCAUACUUUAUUAGGGCUAAUUAAUGUGUAGUUAUUAUUAAGUAUUACCCAGAAAUAGGGAUGCACCGAGCCAGCUUUUUCAGUUCUUUGACUUGUGCAGAUGUAAGCAUCUGUCCGAUAUUCACCGAUACCAGUGGAUGGAAAAUGGCACUUAUUUCCUUAAAAUACAGUUCAUUUUUUACCCAAGAGACCUAACUGUGUUAUGUAACUCUUAUUGAUCCUUCAUAUAAUUACUGGACAACUCUGUGUGAAUAAAACUACAAACAUUAUGAGACCUUCAUGACCAAAAUCAGUCAGCAAUUAAUUAUCCUUACCGGGAUAUCGGCUUAAUCGAUAUCAUGAAACCGAUACCCGUUCCAACAAAUUCUCCUGUAUCAGUGCUGAUAUUCAAUACCAGGAUCGGUGCAUCCCUACCCAGAAGUAUUUCUCACAAAGAGAUAAACUGCCUUGAUGUAAAGAAAUGACUGCAGGUACUUUACAUUUGUAUGAGACAUGAUGGUCACGAAACAAAUUCCCCAAACACCGGGGAAAUGCACAUUUUCUCAAACAUUGUUACAUUUUAGGCAUACACAAUGGUCAGCGUUCCUUAGAAAGUAGAUUUUCAGCCAAGAAAAUGUACUCACAGUUUUAUAAUGGAGUUGCCUUUCUACUUGGUUCCACUUGUUUAAAGGGCCCAUAUUAUGCUAUUUUCUGAUCUGUGUUAUAAUGUUGUUUCCUCAUCACAAACAGACCUGGAGUUUUGUUUCAUUCACACGUUUAACACACAAAUUGUGCAUAUUUAGGCUUUUUAGUUUUUCUCUCAAACAGAAAACACUCUGAAAAAACACACUGUUUUACCUUGUGAUGUGGUAAUGUGGUAAUACAGGAAGUGCUUCACAGUGUUUUUAAACUCCAAACACCUUCAGUAGAAUCAUUUGGAUGAUUUCAGAUGAUUUCAGUCCUGGAAUUGCCAAUCUCUACUGGACUAAAGGUGAAAGGUAGACACCAGAGGUGGGACCAAGUUCUUGUUUUGCAAGUCUCAAGUCUGAAGUCUUUGACCUCAAGUCCGAGUCAAGUCCCAAGUCACUGGCCUAUAAGUCCAAGUCAAGUCCAAGUUGUCUGCUUUGAGCCUCAAGUCAUUUCAAGUCUUUAAACCAAAGUACCAAAUAUAGUUUAGAUUUUUGCAGUUUAUAUGGAUUUUAAGAUAAAUUGUACUCAGAAAGUCAUAGUAUAUUUAUAAAAGAGUAUUUAUAGAGUAUAUAAGAGCUGUAGAAAUGCAGUUUUUUCCUUUUUAAAUGUCUUGACAAGAUCUUUGAGUGAAUUAUUACAAACAGAACAGAAAGUUCAUAUUCAGAAGAGCUUCUCAAGACACAGGCCUCAAGUCCAAAUCGAGUUCCAAGUCUUAGUCCAGUAUUAGUCUUAGUAUUUAUCAAGUCAAGUCUCAAGUCCUUAAAAUAGUGACUCAAAUCUGACUCGAGUCCAAGUCACAACUUGCAAGUCCCCACCUCUGGUAGAUACUCACUUGAAAACUACUAUGUUUACAGACUAAUGAUAAAUGAUUAAUCAAACAUGUGUGAAUGAAACAAAACACAACUCCAGGUAUGUUUUUGAGGAGGUAACAGCAUUAUGACAUGGCUUAAACCUUACAAAAGUCAAUUUUGUGUAAUAUAGGACCUUUAAUUCACAUGUUACUAUAUAGUCAAAAUACACAAAUACAACGUAAUAGCAAUUUUACAGCUUGUAUUUUGGUCCCUGCCUAAUGCUUGACCACACACAAACCAGAAACGGAUGAACAGGAAUUGUGAUUGUAAAUUUGUGAUCUAAUUUUUUUUGUAAAUAUUUUUGCACUUUUGGGCUUAAAACGGUGUGGUCCCAGGCCUUCAGGCAGUAAUCGUAUUUUUCAUAUAAUGUUACUUCUAAAACUGUAGGGCUAUCUAACUUCAGUAUUACUAAAAUGCAGUCAUUGUAAUCUUUAGCUUUGGCUUUGAAAUGCUACACACCUUUAUUACUUGUUUUUGUCAUUGUAAUGGAGCUAUCUUAUGUGUUGUUGUUGUUUUUUCUUCAUUUUUGGCUUCAAUUAUUUUUAUUUUAUUUUUUUGGUUUUUGCACGCCCCUACAAAAUGAAUGCAGUACUUUUGAUUUUUGUUGUAGAGUUUUGUAAUUAUAGCAAUAAGUCACAAGAUUCAGUUACUGGUUGUAGAUUUAAUAGCUUCAUCAGUGUUAGCCAGGUAUCGAACAACGUAAACAUUUAUAUUAUUUUGUUUUGUUGUUGAUGGAAAUUGGAUAAGGAGCUCAACAGUGACCACCCACCACAUGGUUCCAGUAAAAGAAAAUUUCCCAUUGAUUUUUCUCAAAGACUUUACAAAACAAAAAAUUAAAAGUUUGAAAGCUAGCUCGAGACUAAACAGCUUUGUGGUAACUAAACACAACAAGACCUAUAAUUUUAUUUCACAUCUCUUACUGAAACUUGAUUUUUGAAACAUUUCUCCCAAUUUUAAAUGUGUUUUUUGGAUUGAAAACAGUGUUAGCAGCAUUAGCUAGCACAUAGCUGGUUAGCCUCUUUUGUGACUUUGAACACUUAAUAUUUGGAAGUAACUGAAUACAUGUACUGAGAAUAUGUAUUUUGAACACUAAUUUUGAGUAAUUGUACUCCAUUAGAGUUACUUUUUUAUUUGGUGGUACUCAGAAUAUACUUACUUUUAAGUACUUUUAAGAAUACAUGGCAAAUUUGAUCAUGCAAUAAGCUACGGCACAGUGGGAAAAAUAUAGAACAUAAAUGAUAAAUAAAUGCAGAAUAAAUUAUAAAACAUACACAGUACACAAUAUAAAGCAGUUUUUAAAUCCUAUGUCACGUUUUUAAUUUAUGUUUAUUUUAUAUUUUUUACUUCAUGUUACUAUGUCACGUUUUUACUUAUGAUUAAUUUAAAGCAGUGGUAGAAGGUAAUGAAGUACAAAAGUAAAAGUACAAAUUUUAGGUAUCUGCACAUUUUACAGUGGAUACUUUUUACUUUUACUUCACUACAUUUGAGAGCAGGUAUCUGUACUUUCUACUCCACUACAUUUUAGAUUUGGACUGAAAAGUAAAAAGUACUUUUUCAUGGUUUGAAACGUACGUAUUUUGUUAGUACUGGUACAUUUAAUUUUAGUUUCCAUCCCAACUUUGAGCAACACAAUACAUAAAAACACAAAAACAGCUAGAAAAAAUAAGAAUUCAGUUGAAUCACUUAAAAUCAGAUAUAUUCUUUCUCAAAAUCACUACACUUCAUCUUUUAAUUGGUCUAAAACUCUCUGCAAAAUACUUUUACUUUUUAAUCUUU